AAAAUUAAAAUAAAAAAUUCGCUGUUAUGUGGCGAUCAGUCCGUUGUCGAUGGACGGUCGAAAAUUCGAAAUACGUCCUCUGGUUUGCUAGCACAGUACAGCUGAGCUGUGGCUUGCACCCAUCCACCCCAUCGCAGCCGCCGAUCACGGCACGGACGGCUUCUGAUUCGCCUCCGCUUAUCCUCUUCCUCGUCUUCCUCCAACCCCAGCCAAAUCCCCCGCAAAACCCCAAGCUCGCGGUCGCCACCACCAUGGCGCCACCCGCCAUGGCCUUCCAAGCUCCCCACCUCGCGCCCCUCCCCACCUCGCGCCGCCGCGUCCGAGUCCGCAUCCUCGCCGUCGCGGCCGACCACACCUCUCCGCCGCCACCGGCCUCCCCUCCUGAGCCGGCGAACAGUCCGAGCCGCCUCCUCCGGGAGCUCGCGCAGCGUAAGAAGGCUGUCUCCCCCAGGAAGAAGCACCCACCGCGACGCUUCAUCCUCAAGCCGCCGCUCGACGACGAGCGCCUCACCCGGCGGUUCCUCAGCAGCCCGCAGCUGUCGAUGAAGGCGCUCCCGCUCCUCUCCUCCUGCCUCCCCUCCGCGCCGCUCUCCGUCGCUGACAGGACCUGGAUGGACGAGUACCUUCUCGAGGCCAAGCAGGCGCUCGGGUACCCGCUCGCGCCCUCGGAGACGCUCGGCGAAGGGGACGACUGCCCCGCGCGCCACUUCGACGUGCUGCUCUACCUCGCGUUCCAGCACCUGGACCCCUCCUGCGAGCGCACGCGGACGCGGCACGUUCGCAACGGUCACUCCAGGCUCUGGUUCCUGGGCCAGUACGUGCUAGAGCUCGCCUUCUGCGAGUUCUUCUUGCAGAGGUACCCCAGGGAGUCACCUGGGCCGAUGAGGGAGCGGGUGUUCGCUCUUAUUGGGAAGAAGGUGCUUCCCAAAUGGAUCAAGGCGGCCAGCCUGCACAAUUUGGUGUUUCCUUACGAUGAUUUGGAUAAGAUGAUACGCAAGGACCGGGAGCCGCCGUCCAAGGCUGUAUUCUGGGCAUUAUUUGGAGCUAUAUAUUUGUGCUUUGGAAUGCCUGAAGUGUAUCGAGUCCUUUUUGAGGCAUUUGGGAUGGACCCUGACGAUGAGAGCUGUCAGCCAAAAUUGCGGCGCCAAUUAGAGGAUGUUGAUUAUGUUUCAGUGGAGUUUGAAAAGAGGCAACUCACGUGGCAGGAUGUUGCUGCCUACAGGCCACCUCCAGAUGCUCUUUUCGCUCAUCCUAGGCUUUUCCGAGCUUGUGUGCCACCAGGCAUGCAUCGUUUCAGAGGAAAUAUUUGGGAUUUUGACAAUAGACCCAAGGUCAUGGACACCCUAGGAUAUCCCUUGCCCAUGAAUGACAAAAUUCCAGAAAUCACAGAAGCAAGGAAUAUAGAGCUUGGACUUGGCCUUCAGCUGUGCUUUUUGCACCCGUCAAAACAUAAGUUCGAGCAUCCAAGAUUUUGUUUUGAGCGGCUCGAAUAUGUUGGCCAGAAGAUUCAGGAUCUAGUAAUGGCAGAGAGGCUGCUCAUGAAGCAUCUCGAUGCACCCGGCAGGUGGUUGGCGGAGAAGCAUCGGAGGAUGUUGAUGAACAAGUAUUGCGGACGAUACCUGCGGGACAGGCACCUGCACCACGACAUUAUCUACGGGGAGUCGGUGCAAGAUAGAUUCGAACACAACCGGCGUCUAAGAAAUCCUUCGACGACCGCCGUCCAGCAGGCGAUACACGGGCUCGCGUACUGCGUCUAUGGCAAACCUGACGUACGGCGCUUGAUGUUCGAGGUGUUUGACUUUGAACAGGUCCAGCCCAAAGCUGUAUGAGGAUGUUCGCCGUCGGUGAGUGCUGAGUUGCUGACCAACGAGAUCGCCGAUUGCAGCGCUUGAAAUGCUGCAGGCUGUGAACUAAUCCAAGAGCAGAUCGUGCUGCUCUGAAGCCUGAACCCUGAAGUCCGGACAGCAUAUUUGUCACUGGUUAUCCGGCCUCUCCUGAACCCGUCGCCUCUUGUCCGUCGGAAAUGGUAGAUUAGAGAUGUUGUAAGUCGUAUGCUGCUGCCUUCUGAAGCUACAGUUUUGACAAUUGGUUGUAAAUUUAUAUUUGAGCAGAAAUGUAAACAGCAGCAGCAAGAGAGAAUCA